ACGUUGCCCUGUCCACAUUGUGCAAUGCAAAGGCACUGUUCUAAUGUAACUCAACAUUGAAACGUAUUGUUUUGGUGGUCAUUCACUGAUGGAUUAGCAGUAUAGAUUUAUAGCUGUGUAUUGCGUUUUGAGUUUUUCUCAGCGUCCAUUGUCGACAAACGUGAAAACGGAAAUUGAUUUGAUUUGCAUUCUUCCCUUCCUUGUGUUGCACUUGUUUUUGUCCCCAAAAUGGCGAAUCUAGCGGCUGCAGUUGCCGCCGCGGCGGCGAACAGAGACCCAGCCGUCGACCGGUCACUGCGUUCAGUGUUUGUGGGGAAUAUUCCGUAUGAAGCUACGGAGGAGCAGCUUAAAGACAUCUUCUCCGAAGUGGGACUUGUUGUCAGUUUUAGAUUGGUGUACGACAGGGAAACGGGAAAGCCCAAGGGAUAUGGCUUUUGUGAGUAUCAGGACCAGGAGACGGCUCUCAGUGCCAUGCGGAACCUCAACGGGCGAGAGUUCAGUGGCCGGGCUCUCCGUGUUGACAACGCUGCCAGUGAAAAAAACAAAGAGGAGCUCAAAAGCUUAGGUUUGGGCACCGGUGCACCCGUCAUCGAGUCCCCGUAUGGGGACAAUGUACGGUGUGACGAGGCCCCAGAGUCAAUCAGCAGGGCGGUGGCCAGUCUGCCCCCAGAGCAGAUGUUUGAGCUCAUGAAACAAAUGAAGCUUUGUGUCCAAAACAGUCCCCAAGAGGCGAGGAACAUGCUGCUGCAGAACCCACAGCUGGCCUACGCUUUGCUGCAGGCCCAGGUGGUCAUGAGGAUCGUGGAUCCAGAAAUCGCUUUGAAAAUGCUCCACCGGCAGAAUACAGUCGCACCUUUGAUCACCAACCAGGGACCUUCAGCAUCCAUUCCUCCUUCAGCCCAGGUGGCCGCCCCGGUGCCCCAGCCACAGCCCAUGCAAACGGGCAUGCAUGUGAACGGAGCCCCUCAGAUGAUGCAGCCUCCCCCCAUGGUCCAGGGGCAAGCCCCGUUACCCGGACCCGUGGGCCCACCAGGGAACCUCCAGCAUUCUCCCACAGGAGCUUCUGUUCAGGCCGCUACCGAGCGGUCCCAAGGGCCAGGUGGGCUGCCCCCCCGAGGCCUGCUUGGAGACGGGCCUAACGACCCCCGGGGCGGCUCUCUUCUGUCUGUCACAGGAGAGGUCAUCGAGCCCGCUGGUUACAUGGGGCCGCCGCCACCCCACCAGGCGCCACCAAUGCACAUGGGCCAAAUGGGCAGUGGCCCGCCGCCAGACAUGAGAGGGCCCCCCCACGAUAUGAGAGGCCCACCCAUGGGGGAGCAGAGGAACAUGAUGGGGGACCCCAGAGGACCGCCCAUGAUGGAGCCCCGGGGACCACCGAUAGAGAGCCGAGGUCGUGACCCCAGAGCCAUGGACGCCCGCGGGCCUGCGGCGGGGCAGAGAGUUCCCAUCGCUGGAGGGGGAAUGCAGGGGCAAGGACAACACAACAUGGCUGCCAAUGUGCCGCCACCUGCAAGACCGGGUCCUGGCGUCCCACAGUCUGGAGGAGGCUUCAGCCCGAGCCAAAGCCAGGUCUCCUCACAAGACCAGGAGAAGGCCGCCUUGAUCAUGCAAGUGCUCCAGCUCACCCCUGAACAGAUCGCCAUGCUGCCCCCGGAGCAGAGACAGAGCAUUCUCAUCCUCAAAGAGCAGAUCCAGAAGACAGCUGGAGCCCCUUGACCUCCUCCGCUGCACACGGGUUUUUUUGGAGCCAGGACGGAGAUUUGGCAGUUUGUGGACUAUGACACGUGGGACGGCUGAACAAGUUGGCACUAUCCUGCCAUGGUCACUCUUUUCAAGUCCUAUUUUUCGCCUCUUCAAUGCUGUAUAAACUUUGUUUUAAUUUCUGUUCAUUAAUAAAAACUGAAAAAUAAACUUGAUCCUAAACUGUC